AUGUGGGGGAAGGAAGGACCCAGUCGCGUGGCGUCCGUGUUCGUGCUCCCCGCUGUCGUGACUCUGCACACCCUGUGCGUGCUCUCCUUCCUCUCCACGCUCCUUCUGAGGGGAAAACAAUGGAAGCAGCCGUUAGACACUGCGGGCAAACACGAUCAAAAACACAGCUACAGAAAGACCAAAGAGCAAGCCAUCAAGGGGCGGGGCUACUCAUAUGGGUGGGAGCAGAGUGCAGCUGAGAGUAGUACAAGGCUGCACUCUGUACAGACAGACCUCCACCAGCUCCACCAUCAGAUUCACUGCUACAGACAGUACUUAUCAUCGCUUCAAAAGCACAGCGUGCAGCAAGCAGCAGCGCACCUCGCAAACGGAGGGCGCCCUUACUCCCAGCAAAUGGGCGAUAGAAAACUGAUCGGUGCCUAUGACAUUCCCAAUAUGCGCUGGCAUGACUUCGGGGCAGCGAUCAGCAUGGACGAUCUAUCCAAUCCACAUCCAGAAGAAAUUGCUCGAGUUAAAGAAGCGCUGAAUGACAACGACACUGCUGCAGCAAUUGCAAAGAUUAAACAGUGUUUUAUUAAGCAAGAUAAUAUUCCACUCAAAAUUGCCAUUACAGGAGAAUCCGGUGCAGGUAAAUCCACCUUUGUUAAUGCUUUCAGAGAUAUGGGUGAUGAAGCAGAGGGAGCUGCUUCAACUGGUGUUACACAAACCACCUCAGAGGUUACAGCACACCCCCAUCCAAACUAUCCCAAUGUCACUCUUUGGGAUGUUCCUAGAGUUCAAACCCCACAUUUUGAUGAGUACCUGAAACUUGUUGGAUUUGAGACGUUUGACUUCUUCAUCAUCAUCUCAGACACUCGCUUCAGAGAAAAUGAUGUGAAACUCGCUCAGGAGAUUCAGAGGAUGAAGAAAAAGUUCUACUUUGUUCGUUCAAAGAUCGACAACGAUAUACAAGCUGCAGAGAGAAGUCAGAGAGAGUUCAGUGAAGAGAAGAUACUGGAACAUAUCAGGACAAACUCCAUUCAAAGUCUCCAGAAACAAGGGUUUCGGUCUCCACAGGUCUUCUUGGUUUCCAGCUUUGAUCCCCACCUCUACAACUUCCCUCUCCUACACGAGACCUUCAGGAAAGAACUUCCUGAACUCAAGAGAGAUGCACUGCUGUUUGCCACAUCCAACAUGAACCUGGAGAUCAUUAACAAGAAGAAAAAAGCUUUUCAGUCCAACAUGAAAUACAUCACUCUGCUGUCUGCAGCUCUAGCAGCUGUUCCAGUUCCUGGAUUUUCUGUUGCUGUUGAUCUGAUCUUGAUGUUCACAUCAUUCCUGAAAUAUGUUGCUGGGUUUGGGCUUGAUAAGCCAUCGCUGAAGAGAAUUGCUGCCAGCUCUGAUGUUCCAUACACUGUUCUGAGCAAUGCUGUCAGGUCACCGCUGGCUGCAGAAAAAAUAGACAAAUAUUUUAUCAUGAAGGUGUUGAUAACAGCUGCAGCAAAGGGAGCUUCCAGAUUCAUCCCAAAGUGUGGAAUCCUAGCAGCAGUGAGCCUGUCUUUCAUCAUUCCCUACAGUUUUCUGAAGACGUUUCUUAAUGUCUGUGCUGACGAUGCUCAGAGGGUGUUUGAAAGGGCUCUGGGUUUGAGCACCUCAGAGUGAUUUUCCAAAGUAAAAGUUAGUGUCAUUAAGAGACACAUUUAAAACUGAAUCAUAUUAAAAAGCUAUAAAUAUUUUUUUUUCUGAAGUAAAAACUGAAGUCAUA